UUGAUCAUCGUGUAAUAACACAUCAGUGUAAUUUUUUGUAUUCGGAGACGGAUGGAAGAUGUGUUUUCGUGGAGAUUGUAAUCGGAUUUUAAUGAACAUACGGAAAGCUAUGCUUGAUUAAUAAUGCAUCAAGCGUUUACAAUUUUUUUUUUAAAUUAAUGUGAGAUGAAAUUAGAUGUGUUUAUUUAUUACCAAUGCUGUCCAGUUUUUGGAACUGUUACUUGAGAAAUACUGUAUUUAAAAUGAUUGACAUUUCCUUGUUGAACGUAACUAAGCUUUUAAGUAUGGCAGAUUUAUCUCAUCGCCUUAUAUUAUCAUUCAUGAAUAACUGUAAAUCGGAGAAGAUAGUAUGUGUUUUCAGUAUAUCUUUUACUUUAGCUUUCGCCUGUUUAAUUAUAUUAGCAUCUGUUUUAUAUUUCAAACAGCCGCUAUAUUGUACAAAUAAGAUACAUAAUGACUUAGGCGAUGACUCAGAAAAACCAAAGUAUGAACUAAAACCAUAUGUUCCAAAAUUUUCUCAAGAUGAAAUAAAGAUUGUUCCCAAUUUCCUUCCUGACUAUAAUGAAAUAGAACCAUGUGAAGAAUUGAUUAGAAUUGAAGAUGUACCAAAAAUCUGGAGUAUAAAAACUAAGAAUGAAGGAACAGAACAAGAAGCUCUUACAGCAGUUAAUAUGGCUUUAAAAAUGAAAAAUUCCCAUAAAUUGGAUAAGGCUCGCAAGUUGUUUCAACAUGCUAUGGCUUUGCAACCACAUCACCCUGAUGUAUUAAAUCACUAUGGAGAAUUUCUUGAAGAAAAAGAAAGAGAUGUAAUAAAAGCUGAUCAUUUAUAUGUUAGGGCUCUUACUGUCAGUCCGCGACAUACUCGAGCUCUUAUUAAUAGGCAGAGAACUUUACCUGUGGUCAAUGAAUUAGAUGAUCAAGAACUUGAAAGGAUUGAUGCAAAACGCACUAAUUUAAUGCAAUUGAACAACAAAGAUCCUGCUCAAAAACGAGUGAGAAAAGAACUUUAUUUUCAGCACAUAUAUCACACUGUUGCCAUUGAGGGAAAUACUAUGACACUUGGUGAAGCCAGACAAGUUGUUGAAACCCGUAUGGCUGUAGCAGGAAAAAGUAUAAUGGAACAUAAUGAAAUAUUAGGUUUAGAGUCUGCAUUGAAGUUUGUAAAUAAAUCAUUAGUAAAUAAAGGUACUUAUAUUACUGUAUAUGAUAUUUUAGAAAUUCACAAGCGAGUUCUUGGAUUUGUUGACCCCUUAGAAGCUGGAACAUUUCGUAAAACCCAAGUAUUUGUUGGUGAGCAUUCACCACCUCCAGCAUCACAUGUCCCUAGUUUAGUUCAAGACCUUGUGGAAUGGUUGCAAUCCGAGACUCAGUUACACCCAGUGAAGAAAGCUGCAUUGGCACAUUAUAAACUUGUAUAUAUUCAUCCUUUUGUUGAUGGAAAUGGGCGAACAGCCCGUUUGCUAAUGAAUUUGAUACUUAUGCAAGCUGGAUUUCCGCCUAUUAUAAUACACAAGCAAGAUAGAGCUUUUUAUUAUAAUACUUUGCAGUUAGCUAAUGAAGGUGAUAUACGACCUUUCGUUCGGUUUAUUGCACAAUGUACUGAAUCCACAUUAGAUGUAUUUUUAUAUGCUAGUGAAUAUAGUCGGAAAGCACUAGAAUCUAGAAGAGACCAGAAUGAUAUUAUAGCGCUUUGACUGUGAUAGUUCCUAAUAUUUCAGCUUGCAAGAAGCAUAUUUAUUAUUAUAGGAUAAAUGAUUAUAUAUAAGUCAUUUUAAUUUAUUUUUAAAAAUAAUAUAACAGUUUAAGGACAAAGUUCAGAUAUUUUUUUAAUUAAUUCAACCCUCGUGUAAAAUUUAGUUCUGGUAAGAAAAUCUGAAUAUUGUCUGCAUUUAUAUAAAUAAUAAAAUGCUGUUGUGGAUGUAUUUUUAAUUAUAACAUAUGGAAUUCUUUUUUUUUUUUUUUUUCUACCUGAAAUUUUAGCCUCUGCCUUUAAAUGUAAUUUCACAUAUUACUUGCAGUGCAUUUCUCUUAAUAAAAGCAGUAACUUAAGAAAAUAUUAGUCGUGUAUAAUAAAAUGAUCAUAAAACUAGCUAUGUUAUUAAAUACUUGUAUUAGAGUUGAAGUUCAUGUGAGAGAUAGCAGAAUUUUAAAUCAUAGUUCAUUUUGAUUCUGAUAACUGCACAUACUAAAAGUAAGAAUGUUAAGUGUACUAAAAAUUAAAAUAAUUAUGUGUGGUACUGUGAUAAUAUCUAUGAUAUGGUCUGCAGCAGUGGUUUUCAACCUGUUUUGCUUCAUGCACCCCUUUCUGCACAGCCCCUCUCUCCUUUCCCAAACUCAAAAAAUAUAAAUACAUUUAUUUAGAUUUCAUAAGAAUAAAUUGAGUUUAAUUAAAAAAUUAAAUUUAAAUACAUAUUUAAUUAAAUAUUCUUUGCGCCAUUGCUGCAAGGA